AUGCUAAUCACAUUUAUUAUAUCAAGUAGCCAACAAAAAUUAAAUGUUCAUUUAGUUCCCUAAUGGACAUGAACGAAAUCUGUCGCCGUCGCUUCUUGGUUACCCUCUGGCUUCUGGCUACCUUCUGGGCACCUUUGCACGCAGCACGCCGAUCGCGCUACGUGCUGAAGUGGCACAGCUUCGAUUGCCUGAACCUCUGGCCCAUUAUUAGCAACUUGAGCUGUCGCAUUCAGGAGGAUGGCAAUCUUAGCUCCGAUAUCCAGUUGACUGAGCCCGUUAACGAGGUGUGGGUGAAGUACAAGCUGGUGGUGCCACGCCCAAUUCAAAAGACCGAAAUGGUGUUUUUCGAUUCAGCGUUUGAUGCCUGCAAGCUGCUGCUCGAUGGCGUCAUGCGUAAUAAACUGGCGUACUUCUUCUAUCAGAACAUGAUCAAGGACAGCAAUCUGGCCAAACUGUGUCCCAUAAGUGAGGGCCUGCUGUACUUCCAUAAUAUAUCUGUUUUGGAUCACUUUCCAGCUUUUAUGCCCGAGAUGGAUUUUACGCUUUCUAUACUCUUCUAUAAGCCGAAUACAACACACGGCGUUGAUACAACGCUUAAGGGCAGCCUUUUUGAGCCAAAUCGACGGCGGCCAAAGUUUUGGAAUUGAGUAAUGUGUAAAUUUUUGAAAUACAACCAAAUUUCCAAUUUUGUUUUCAUAUCGAUAUCAAUCAUUGUGUAUUGUGAUUCAUUCGAUGAACUUGUUGGCGCUGACUUUAUAUAGUCACGCCAGUUAGCAGCAUCAUCAUAAUCAUUAUCAUCAUCAUCAUCGCCAUCGCCAUUAGCACUGCUGACCUCAAAUGUCAAUUGUUGCCAGUGAAGUCGCAAUUGUGAGCUUUUGUUUAGUUAGCAGCCUUGGCCUUACAUAGAACGAAACGAAAACAAACGUUUCAUGACUUAUCGUUAUAUAUAUCUUAUUGCUCUGUUCACACAGAUCUAUCAUAAUUAU